AUGUUAUUAAAUAAAAUACAGUGCUCCCAGUUAUUUCUUCGAAAGUACUGCCAUUAUUUUGAAAGAAGACUACAUGUUCAAGUAACAACGUUCCAAACUGUUAAGACUUUGCAAAUAAGCGAUGAGGAACCAGCUAAACAUCCAAUAACUGGUCUAGCAACUAAUAAGUCAGCGGGAGAUAUUUUUCCGGCCCCAAGAGUGGUUCCAAUGGUACUAUCUAAGGACCCCGUAGUCUUACCUUUUGAUGACGUACCUGGACCAAAAUCUUUGAAAUAUUUAUCUAAUAUCCGGCACUAUAUAUCUGAAAUAGGAACCCAACUCACAGCUACGCUGUUGACAACUGGUCUCAACAUCAGUUCUUACCUAAGCAAGCGGACGUCCAUACAGAAUUUGUCUUCUCUUUUCGACGAUUAUGGCCCGGUGGUGCGAUUUGUUAGUCCAGUAGGUGGUGACAUAGUACUUCUUAACCACCCUGACCAUAUACGUAAAGUGUUUUCUUUGGAGGGUGAUUAUCCAGUGCGGUCAACUUUGGAGUCACUCGAGAAAUAUCGAAUGGAACACAGGAACCAUGCUUAUGGAGGUAUCUAUACUGUUCACGGUCUGGAAUGGGUCCGCCAAAAAUCAAUAAUGGAAAGGCCGCUUCAAAGUGCCAGCACCCACUAUGCUUCUUCAAUAUACGAAACGUGUGAUAAAUUCACCCAGAAGAUAUACAACUUGCGAAACUAUCAGGAUGAAAUAUCAAAAGAUCUCUACAAGGAGAUACACAAAUGGGCUUUUGACUGUAUGGGCGUGUUGAUAUUCUCGAAGCAGUUUUCGAUGAUAGACACCGAGGUGGUGUACAGUCAGUGCGACAAGUCGUGGAUGUACCAUUGCCUGGAGCAAGCGACCGACGCGUUAGACAAGUGCGAGUCUGGCCCACAUCUGUGGAAGUUGUUCACCACUCCCGCCUGGUACAAACUCGUCAAGUACUGCGAUAAUUUGGACCAUUUAAUCGGAAAACAUGUAUUGGAGGCUGAUCGAGAACUUUCUGGGAAAUCCCCUGACGCAAGUUCACAUUGUUUAAUGAAUGCAAUUUUGCUAAGUGACAACCAAUUAUCUGCCGAAGACAUAGCUACUAUUUUGAUGGACAUGCUAAUUAUUGGUGUUAAUACGAUUGCAUCCUCUAUGUCAUACCUUCUAUAUUACAUCGCAAGAUAUCAAAAAGUGCAAUAUCUUCUUUACCAAGAAAUUGAGAACAUGUAUCCUAAUUUAAUAAUUGAUGACAUUACUAAGCUUAAGGAGAAUACCCCAUAUUUGCAGGCUUGUAUAAAGGAAACUUUAAGAAUUGUUCCACCAAUACCUUUAAUCUCUAGAAUACUCCCAAAAAAUAUUACAUUGGAUCGAUACAAUAUACCAAGAGGGACUCUAAUAAUUAUGUCUACUCAAGAAGCCUCACUCAAAGAGAGCAACUACGAUGAUGCUAAAAAGUUUAACCCAGACAGAUGGAUACAGACAGUCCAUGACUACCAUGCCUUUGCCUCGGUCCCAUUUGGAUUUGGUUCCAGGAAAUGUUUGGGACAAAAUAUUGCUGAAACUAUGCUCUCACUGCUAACUAUAAGGGUGUUGCAGAAAUACAAAUUAGAACAUCAUUAUGGAGAAGUGCAACCAACCCGACGCUUCAUAUCAAAACCGAGCAAGCCACUUAAAAUAAGAUUUAUUGAUAGAAUGUAA